CAGCAACGUCUCACUCUCGCAUGCUUCCGAAUUCUCCCUUGUUUUCUCCAUCUCCAAUCGGCACAUGCGUCAAUCGCUGAGAGGCUACAAGAGCGGGCAACCUCGUUUAACGUGACAGCUUUUCGGUUUUCUCCUCAUCAUCCCCUGAUUUCCUUUGAUUCUUCUCCUGCUCAAGGUCUGCACUGACAACGUAUCGGAGUCGCCGUAUUGAUAUAUUCAACUCUGUAAAACAAUGUCACAGAACAAGAACAUCGCCCCAACGCCCACCGAGGGCGACCUCGACCGCCCGUCGUCCUCCUCCGUUACACCCGCGACGUCCGCUGCGCAACAAAGCGACAACAUCGCCCAUGCGUUGGCCGGCGCAGGUGGUGGCCUGCUGGCCAUGACCUUGACGUACCCUCUGAUCACGCUCUCCACACGCGCCCAAGUCGAGUCUAAACGAGCAGACACAUCUACCCUCGCGGCCGUGCGACACAUCAUCAACCGCGAAGGCGUCAGCGGGCUCUACGCCGGUCUUGACAGCGCCUUGUUCGGUAUCUCGGUCACGAACUUUGUUUAUUACUAUUGGUACGAGUGGACCAGAUCGAGUUUUGAGAAGGCCGCUUUGAAAGCCGGACGUGCCAGCAAGAAACUCACGACGGUGGAGAGCAUGAUCGCCGGAGCAAUCGCGGGCUCGGCGACUGUCCUGCUCACAAAUCCCAUCUGGGUUGUCAAUACGAGGAUGACGGCUCGAAAGAACGAAGAAAGUGAAGGCGAGUUGCCGGGUGGGGAAAAGAAACCGAUAAAGAAGCCCAGUACCAUCGGUACUCUGAUGAAGUUACUGAAGGAAGAGGGCCCUCGUGCCCUGUUCGCUGGCGUCCUACCGGCACUGGUGUUGGUCAUCAACCCAAUCCUCCAAUACACCAUCUAUGAACAAUUGAAGAAUGUGCUGGAGAAGAGGAGGAAGGUGGGACCAAGGGAUGCAUUCUAUCUCGGGGCUUUGGGCAAGCUCCUUGCCACCACUAUAACCUAUCCAUACAUCACCGUCAAGGCGAGGGCCCACGUGGCUACCCAGGAUCAGCCUCACGAGGGAAUGUGGAAGAGCUUGAACAAGAUCGUAAAGGACGAGGGUUGGAGUGGAUUGUACAAGGGAAUUACCCCCAAGGUCAGCCAGAGUGUCUUGACGGCUGCCUUCCUCUUUGCCUUUAAGGACGUCUUGUAUGAGAUGACGGUUGCAGCCAGGCGGAAAACAAGAGCCGUCAAGGCAUAAAGUGUUAUCGACUACCGUAUCCACCAUACGGCGCUCAGGAUCUUCACGCUUGACGCCAACAAGCAUUCGUAACAUGUGGCUAUGGACCGUGCGAUGAUUGUACAGAAGAGUUUGACAAUUAAAAAGGAAAAGGGGGUAUCUCUAAAGGCUUACAGUCUGAGAUCAUGACGCGACGUGGGUAAGUACUUGGAAGGCAUUGCUCGCAAUGUAAAGCAAUAUAUGCACAAACCAGAACCAAGAAGCGUGCUGCUUACGGCAUCACUAUACUUGGGUUGGACAUUUAGUUUCUGGCAAUUUGUUUAGUGGUGUAAGAUAUAGAAAGACAAUUAAGAAAUGAAACAUGUAGCAG